GAGGCUACUUGGCUUAUAGUGUAAGGGCGUUCAUGGAAUUGUAAAAAUCUUUAAACCUCUAUUAAAACCCGUCCAAAACCACACUCAGAUCAUAAUCCAAUUGAAAGAACACAAAAAUGUCUCCAAUUUUAGCUAUUUUGGUUGUUGCAUUCUUUCUAUAUUGUGUUACAACAUCAGCUUCAGACCCUGACCCAAUUCAAGAUUUUUGCAUACCCAACCCAAAAUUUGGUUCCAUAAAAACUGCUCACCAUGGUAGUCUUCCAUGCAAGAAUUCAUCCGAGGCUACUACCGAUGACUUUAUUUUUUCGGGCAUAAAGGGAGCAGGAAACUUCUCUGACACAGGCCUUGCAGCCAUAUCAGUGAACCCAGCCAUCUUUCCUGGCAUUAACACACUAGGCAUGUCAUUUGUACGUGCUGACCUUAAAGUCGGUGGAUAUAAUCCACCACAUUUUCACCCAAGAGCCACUGAAAUUGCAUAUGUGGUGCAAGGCAGUGUAUAUGCAGGUUUUGUGGAUUCCACUAAUCGGGCUUUUGCUAGAGUAAUUGAGCAAGGAGAGGUCAUUGUGUUCCCACGGGGUCUACUGCACUUCCUGAUGAAUGUUGGUGAUAUGCCAACAACAAUAUUUGGUAGUUUCAAUAGCCAAAAUCCUGGAUUGCAAAAAGUACCAACUGCCAUUUUUGGAUCUGGGAUCCAUAAGGAGCUUUUAGAGAAGGCUUUUGGAUUAAGUCCUAAGCAAAUUGAAGCCAUGAGAAGAAGGUUUAAUCCCAAAAGGGUGAAGUAAGGGGUGAGUGAAUGGCAUUUUGUUCAAUUGGGUGACAUAAUCUUAUGGAAAUACUUAUUUAUGUUAUUGAGUAUUUAUCUAUUAUGGAAUGGCUGUUUUUUAGGGUCCAA